UUCCUGUUUCAUGAGAAGUGUUGAGAAACUCCUCCUGCCCGCGCGUCUCUCUCUCUUCUCAUCUGGUUCGUGGAGCUUCUCGAAGUUUUUGGAAGUUUUUGGAAAUCCAACCCAAAGCUUCGGUGGAUUCAUGAGAAAGAAGGAAGUGAGUUUGUCCUUCUCUUCUCCAUGGAGCUGCUUCGUCUGUCCGCGUUCUGGUGCGGAACGCUCCUGCUCGGGGUCCUGCUGCUGGAGGAGGAGACGGAGGCCAUGAUAAUCAAGAUGAGGAGGCUGUGCAAGUUCUGUGACCGGCAGCCAACCAGCUGCACGGGGAAAGGGAGGUGCAAGGUGGCGUGCAACAUCACCGCCAUCUGCCCCCAUGAUGACGAAGUGUGCGUCAGUAUAUGGAGGAAGAAAGACGACAACGUCACCUUUGAGACAGUCUGUCACAAGCCGGCUGAGAAGCUGUAUGGCCUCGUGCUGGAGGACUACAACAACAGCAAGUGUGAGAUGAAGGAGAGGAAGGGAAUGGGCUCCGAGUUCUUCAUCUGCUCCUGCUCGCAGGAUGAGUGCAAUGAGCACAUCAUUUUUAACGAAUACAUGGACUCUCAGGUGGUCGCCGUCAUCCUGGUGAGCCUGGUGCCUCUGCUGGUCAUGGCUGUUCUCGUCAUCACUUCCUUCUACUGCUACCGGGUCUACCGCCAGCGGCACGCCAGCUCAAGGCGCAAGAAGGGCUUCAGUGACGCUCACGCCAUCAUGAUCGACGACGAGGGUUCGGACAGCAGCUCCACGCUCGCCAACAAUCUCAACCACAACACGGAGCUGCUGCCCAUCGAGCUGGACGUCCAGGUCGGAAAGGGUCGCUUUGCGGAGGUUUACAAGGCGAAGCUGAAGCAGGGCUCGUCGGGCGGCGAGGAGCAGGCCUUCGAGACGGUGGCCAUUAAGAUCUUCCAGUACGAGGAGUACGCCUCCUGGAAAAACGAGAAGGACAUCUUCUCGGACGCGGACCUGAGACACGAGAACGUGCUUCACUUCCUGACGGCGGAGGAGCGGAAGGUGCAGAGACAGUACUGGCUCAUCACGGCCUAUCACCCCCGAGGGAAUCUGCAGGAGUACCUGAGUCAUCACAUCAUCACCUGGCGCGACCUGUGGCUGCUGGGGAGCUCGCUCGCCGGGGGCGUGGCUCACCUGCACAGCGACCACACGACCUGCGGCCGCUACAAGGUGGCGAUCGCUCACAGGGACAUAAAGAGCUCCAACAUCCUGGUGAGGAGCGACCUGACCUGCUGCCUGUGCGACUUCGGCCUCGCGCUGCGCCUGGACAGCAAUCUGUCAGUGGACGAGCUGGCCAACAGCGGGCAGGUGGGUACGGCCAGGUACAUGGCCCCAGAGGUGUUGGAGUCGAGAAUCAACCUAGAAAACAUCGAGUCUUUCAAACAGGCCGACGUCUACUCCAUGGCUCUCGUCCUGUGGGAGAUCAUCUCCAGGUGUAGUGCAAACGGAGAGGUGAAAGAGUACGAGCCGCCCUUCGGGAACCUGAGGGAGCACCCGUGUGUGGAGAGCAUGAAGGACAGCGUUCUCCGAGAUAGAGGAAGACCUGAGAUCCCCGACAUCUGGAACAACCACCCGGGCAUCCAGCUGGUGUGCGCCUCCAUAGACGACUGCUGGGACCACGACCCGGAGGCCCGCCUCACGGCCCAGUGUGUGGCCGAGCGCUUCGACGACAUGGAGUACCUGGACAAGCUGUCGGACCGCUCCGACUCGGAGGAGAAGAUCCCGGAGGAAAUCUUUGUUGUGGAUGAGAAGUAGAGCGCAGCAGAAACACCGCCCCCGCCAGGAGGGGUGAGGAGUUACAGCCCAGCAGCUGGGAAGGAGAGAACCUCCAGUGGACGCUUCGCAGUGGGUUCCUCGGACAUGAGAGUCGAGGAGAGAACUGGAACAUCGUCAAGAGGAAAGUGAUCUGUCCCCACAGGAAGGAUUACUGCAGUAUAUUCAUCAGGACCAACACAAACACCAGAGACUUCAUUUGUUUUCUUCUUCGUGCUUCAAAGACUGGAUCAUAAACCAACAGGGAAAUCACAUUAUUAAGCUUUUUUUAACCAAAUACUAUUGCACUUUAUCAAUAUCUAUGCACACCAAAUGAUAUAUAUAUAUAUAUACAUAGAUAAAUAUAUAUGUAUUCAGUGUUGUUUUUGUUUUGAAAAUACAUUUCAGGUAUAGGAAUUAAAGGGACAGUAUGUAUUUAGAAAAGAGGGUAAAGGGGGGAAAAUGCAAAAAUAUAAAGAUGGGUUAAUAACACUAAUGAUAUAUAUUGAAUUUAUUGGUCUGGUGGCUUCAGAUAGAUAAUGAUGGAAAUCCCCCAAAGCAAAGGAACAGAAAACUCAUACAAGGCAGUUCUCUACAGGGAAAUCAAAUCUCAAUGACAAUGAACUGUUGGAGACGGCAAAGUCUGAAAGUUAAAGGUGUGCGUGUGUAUGUGUGCGUGUGUGAGUGCUUGUGCUUGUGCCUGUGUGUGUGUGUGAUCUGACAAUAAGGGACAGACACAGUUUGUACAGUAUACAGGAUUUUAAACUGCUCGCUGCCCAUAAACCAUCAAGCCGAAGUUGUUUGAAGAUAUUUUCUAACAGAAAAGGGAACUCAAGUCUUGUUUCAGGGUAAAAAUAAAAUAAUUUUUGUAAAAAAAUAUGUAAAGUCAUAAUAAAAAAUGUUUAAGGUA